AAGCCUCGCUUCGAGCACAAUGUCUAAGAAUUACUUAUUUCUCCUCGCCAUCACCUUGUUGAUAAACCUGAACGAUGCUUCACUUUUGCGCAGAGCCAAAAAUCGCACCAUGUCCGCCAAGCCCUACAAAGUGUUGAUCUCGCAUCCGGAGGUGCCGCAGUCGGCCAUUGAGCUGCUCAAGGAGAGCUGUGAGCUGGUGCAGGUAACCAGCUUGCCGCCCAACCGUGCUGAAGUGCUGGAGAAGAUCAGAGGCGUGGAUGGUUUGUUCUGGGGCGGACACUCGCCACUCAAUGCUGAGGUGCUGGAUGCAGCGGGUCCCAAACUGAAAUCGAUUUCCACCAUGUCUGCGGGCAUUGACUAUGUGGACUUGGCUGAGGUUAAGCGUCGCAAGAUUCCACUGGGACACACACCCACAGUGCUGGAUCCAGCGGUGGCAGAUAUAGCAGUGGGUCUGCUCAUAGCUGCGGGUCGUCGCUUCCAUGAGGGACGCAAGAAGAUUGACAGCAACAACUGGGAGAACUAUCAUUUGAACUGGUUGUUGGGUCAGGAUGUGCGCGACUCUGUUGUUGGUUUCUUUGGCUUUGGCGGCAUUGGUCAGGCCAUAGCCAAGCGUUUGUCUGGCUUUGACAUUGAUCAUGUUUUAUAUACAACACGUCGUCGCAUUAACAAGGAACUCGAGCAAGAGCUCAAUGCCAAGAAGGUGGAGUUCGACGAGCUGCUGGCCAAGAGCGAUUUCAUUGUCAUUGCCGCGCCCUUGACUGAACAGACGCGUGGCGUCUUCAAUACCACAGCGUUCAACAAAAUGAAGCAAACUGCGGUGCUGGUAAAUAUUGCGCGUGGCGCAAUUAUUAAUCAGAAUGAUUUGUAUAAUGCGCUGAAGACCAACAGAAUCUUUUCCGCUGGCUUGGAUGUCAUGGAUCCGGAACCUUUGCCUGCCAAUGACAAAUUAUUGACGCUGGACAACAUAGUUGUUCUACCCCACAUUGGUUCCGCCACCAAUCGCACCCGCUCCGACAUGGCCACAAUUGCGGCCCACAAUGUGCUGAGAGGUUUAGCCGGAGAGCGUAUGCUCUCGCCUGCUUAUUAAGCCAAGUUAGCUGCAUUCAAGUGUAACAACUGUAAAUUAAAGUCACACUUUUUUUUUAAAUAAAUGCACCUAGCAUAACUUUAAA